GUUCUAGGCAGAGGAGGGCGGCGCGCGACAGCAGUGCUAUAACAUCAUAUCUCGAAUUCGCUUCCUGCAUACCUCGGCAGAAUGCCUGACCCAAAGAAAGAGUGUGUGCUGGCCAAGGUCACGCAGUUUCAGUGCAAGCGUGGCAAAUACAUCGUGUGUCGGCCGAUCGAGCGGCUCUUCAAGCAGUGUCCUGGAGUCCCGUCGGUCGAGCUUGUACAGCAGGGCGAUUCAUAUGUCGACAUCAAGACGCACAGCGAUGUGAAUGGCUUGGAAGGCGGAAUCUAGCAGAUAUUACCAGAGAGUAGCUGUGCGUUGCCGUGCCUAGACGUGGCCUGCUACCUAUGCCUGUGGUAGAGUGUAUUGACCCCCUCGCCGACACAUUGCUUUUACACGCAGAGAUAGCGAGAGGGACUCCAGGCGCGGCUACUUGAUCCGGAAUUUAUCUGAUUAACGCCGUCAUCACCCGAUGCGCUGGAUUAAAACUUUUCUCUCUCUGUCAACAAGCGGCCAAACACGCUUGUACUCCCGCUGUCCUUCAAAAAAGAAACUAU